CGAUGGCGGCGGGGCUGUGCUGGCGGGCCGGGCUGCGCGCGGGGAGGCGGAGACUGUUACACCUAUGACAUGUUCCAAGUCUGGUUUGCCACCUCAGAUGUUCCUUCUGCAUGGAGUUGCCUGCAGAUGGUCAAGCUUCCUCCAGACCCACCAUUCAGGGUGGAUUCUCCUCUGCCAGCUGGUGUUCCUAAGCUUAGUUAUCGCUUUACAUCAUCACACAAGUAUGUUCCCAGGCGGGCUGUGCUGUAUGUACCUGCGGAUGAUGAAAAGAAGAUAAGAAAAAUCCCAUCACUAAACGUAGAUUGUGCAGUGUUGGACUGUGAAGAUGGUGUUGCUCUGAACAGAAAGAGAGAAGCAAGACUGACCAUCGUGAAAACCCUUGAAGAGUUUGACUUUGGCCAUGCUGAAAAGUGUGUCAGGAUAAACUCUGUGUCCAGCGGCCUUGCAGAAGAAGAUCUAGAAGUGCUUUUGCAGUCCAAGACCCUUCCUUCGAGCAUGAUGCUGCCAAAGGUUGAAGAUGUUGAGGAAAUAAGAUGGUUUUCAGACAAAUUCUUACAUCACCUAAAAGGCCGAACACUUGUAGAACCAAUGAAUUUUAUCCCCUUUGUGGAAACUGCAAUGGGCUUGCUCAAUUUUAAGGCUGUCUGUGAAGAAGCACUGAGAACAGGAUCCCGGGCUGGCUUUCAUUUGGAUGCAGUUGUCUUUGGAGGAGAGGAUUUCCAUGCCAGCAUAGGUGCAACAAGCAGUAAGGAAACUCACGAUAUUCUAUAUGCCAGGCAAAAAAUAAUAGUCACAGCAAAGGCAUUUGGCCUUCAAGCAAUAGACCUUGUUUACAUUGAUUUCCAUGAUGAAGAUGGGCUCCGCAGGCAAUCCAGGGAAGGUGCCUCAAUGGGAUUUACCGGUAAGCAGGUGAUUCACCCCAACCAAAUUGCUGUUGUCCAGGAACAGUUCUCUCCGAGCCCUGAAAAAAUAAAGUGGGCGCAAGAACUGAUUUCUGCUUUUGAAGAACAUCAGCGAUUAGGCAAGCCUUUUAAGUACCUGCAAGUACCUACAGCAUCGGAGAAUUAAAACUGCUUCUUAUUCUGCUGCAGAAUCACAGUGUUACUGUCAGAGGAAAAUAUUUGCAACCAAAAGUCAAGUAGCCUGGCAGAGGAGUCAGACUGCUUGCACAUUUAUGGAAAGAAAUAAAUGGAUUAGGAAGCCUUCAAUUUCUAAAAUAAUCUGUAUCCUGGUAGACCUGUUUCACUUUUGGGGGUUUGAUCCCUCAAACAUGCCCAGUAGUAACUGAAUGUACUUUUGAGUGAAACUGCAGAUUGUGGUUCUUAAUCAUUAAAAAUGAGGAUGUUUUAUGUGCAUUUGUACCAAUUGCUGGACCUGAAUUUUGGAUAGAGGAGAAAGCAAAUUAACACUAGAAUAUGAUUGUUCCUAAUUUAGUGCAUCAUUGAGUCUCACGUUUCCUGCUCUGUGGGUUUCUGCUAUGUAAAUAUUGCGGUGGUGAUGCACAAUCUGUCUCCACUUUGUGCCAGUAAUACUUAAAUUAGGGGUCGCCUGAAGGAAGAUUUUAUGCUAGUUGCAGCAUUGUCAGUUAAUUAUCUUAAAGGUUAUUUGCUAUAAUCCAGUUUGCCUCUUUUUGAAAGUGAAAAAAAAAAAGUUGCAGCCAAA